CAUUUUGGUCAAUUGAGGUUAUGCUAUAUAUUAAAAAUGUAGACUUGAUUUGACAGAUGAGCCCACAGUGAGAAUAUAACGUCUAUUCUUUGGCUUUUAAACAAACCACAGUGCUGGAUUACAGAAGUAUAUAUUCCAACAAGGAAGUUUAGCUUUUCUAAAUCCUUUUUUCUCAAACACUCACUGUACUGUCAUCCUUCUUCUAAUAUUUAAUGAGGUAAAGACGCAUUUGAAACCGUAUCAUCUGCCUUGAACCCUUAAAGCUGUUCAGGAUUCAACUCGGGAGCCAUAAGUGCAAUGCUUCCAAAUGUCGCCCAAACAUAUGCUUGUAUCUGCGUCGUCCUGAUGGCAUCAUUUGCAUCCUCCCACCACCACGGAGUUCAACACGAGGCAGAAUCGUGCAAUGAAUAAAAGUAGGCUACAGGCUUUUUAUUUUUAUCUGGUCGGAACGAUGAUGAAACUGCUGGUUGUAUUAUCCCCAUGUCCCCGCCCUCUGCUGCCUGCUGUUUGUAGGUUACUGAAAGAUUUCACCAACCACAGAAAAGAAGAUUAGAGAGGAAUUAAUGGUAUUCCUUUGUCAUUAUGGGAAUAAAUUGAUAUUUGGUUUUAAAUCAGAGGGUGGGGAGCUGGAGCAACAUGUUGUGUCAGGAGGAGAUGUAAGCAGAGGGAUGGCACAGUGACAAGCAAACUCAGCCGGAGGGGGAAUGCCUGUGCGCUGGAGCUAAGCACCGGAUAUCUCAGCUGAUGUUCACCAUGUUACAGGAGAUGAGAGAGGAGGAUAACGCAGACGUAGCUGGGACAGAAUGAGUGCUGCUGGGACAUGGACGUGGGUGUAGAGGACGGGGACAGCUGUGGCAUUCCCUGGGCGAGACGCUGACCAAGUGAGAGGGACAUUUGGGUUCCUCUUGUCUUUCUAGCCCAGUUUAACCAUGAGAGUGGCCCUCCUGGCCUUAAGACUGAUGUGCUUGGCCUGGUUGUGGCCUGUCACUCAGCUCAACAGCAGCCACUUCCCCAACAAGAGGAGACACAAGGAGCAGUACGUCGGAGAGAACACCAAACCAAAAUAUGGAGGACGCGUGGAUCUUAAGAUGAAAAAGCUGGAUAGCACCAAGUCUCUGCUAAUUAAAUCUGAGCAGCUGCUUCGGAUUGAAGACCAUGACUUUGCAAUGCGGCCGGGCUUCGGAGGUUCAGCUAUUCCUGUCGGCAUCGACGUCCAGGUGGAGAGCAUCGACAGUAUAUCUGAAGUCAACAUGGACUUCACCAUGACUCUCUACCUGAGGCACUACUGGCAGGACGAUCGCCUGGCCUUCCCCUCCAGCAACAACAAGAGUCGAACCUUCGAUGCACGUCUUGUGAAGAAAAUUUGGGUUCCGGAUGUGUUUUUCGUCCACUCUAAGCGCUCUUUUAUCCAUGAUACAACCAUGGAGAACAUCAUGCUGAGGGUUUAUCCUGAUGGCAACAUCCUCUACAGCGUGAGGAUCACUGUGACUGCACUUUGCUCCAUGGACUUCAGCAGUUUCCCUCUGGACACUCAGAACUGCUCCCUGGAGCUGGAGAGCUAUGCCUACAAUGAGAAUGAUCUGAUGCUCUACUGGAAGAACGGGAACGAUUCAUUACGGACUGAAGAGAUCGUGCUCUCUCAGUUUUUCGUUGAAGACUUCCAGCCUUCUUUUGGCCUUGCCUUCUACAGCAGUACUGGUUGGUACAAUCGGCUCUACAUAAACUUCAUUCUGAGGAGGCACAUCUUCUUCUUCAUGCUUCAGACGUACUUUCCCACUAUGCUGAUGGUGAUGCUGUCCUGGGUGUCUUUCUGGAUCGACAGGAGAGCCGUACCUGCCCGAGUCUCUCUGGGCAUCACCACCGUUCUGACCAUGUCCACCAUCAUCACCGGUGUCUCAGCCUCUAUGCCACAGGUGUCUUAUGUCAAAGCUGUAGACAUCUACUUGUGGGCAAGCUUCCUGUUUGUCUUUCUGUCAGUCAUCGAAUACGCCGCCGUCAACUAUUUCACCACAGUAGAGGAGAUGAAGAAGCUCAAGAGGGCAAAGAUCCCCAGCUCCUACAACGCCACCCAGGCUAUGGCCUACGACGGCUGUUUCCAUGACAACGAAAUCGACUUGGCUUCUUUCACAGAGGUCGCCAGCACCCCAAACACAGAGAGGAACACCCAGUCUCGAAACUCGACCGUCUCCGGACCCACAGAAGGCACUCGGCUACGUCGCAGACACCCGUUAAAAAAGAACCUCAGCUUCAUAAUGAGCAACAGCUACAUGAUCGACUCCUACUCCAGAGUCUUAUUUCCUUUGGCUUAUCUGCUCUUCAACAUCAUUUACUGGAGUUUGUACGCGUAGUGUAUUAACUAUGCUGCAGAAUAGUCUUUUUGGACUAUUUUUGCCACUUAACAGGCUGCAAAAUCUUGCAAUAAACUUGCAAUUCUCUGUUUUGCUGUGGGAUUUGACUUCAGGUUUGCACAGAGUCUGCUGCUGAGGAUAGAUGUCUCUUGUGAGGUGUUCAGUUGUAACUUGGAGGAAAUCUGAUUUGAGCUGUUUGCAGUGCAUGAAUGGUAUUUUCAUGAAUGUAUGCUGUUGACAUGCCUGUUUUAUAAGAGAAGAAGUUUUAAUCAAAUAUAUUAAUAUUUUUAGGAUUCUAUUUUAUUGCUUGAUUAGACACAGAACAAUAAAGUCUUUAAAUGUGGUACAACAUCGUAAAAACUUAAUGUAUGCUAUUAAAGGUGUGUGUCAAGCUACA